UGAGUGAUGUCAUUUCGGAUUUGGUGGAUUAUUGAAAGACCUGCUGCGUUGGCUCUGACUUGCGACCUGUCCCAAUGUCGUCGAGGACUGCAACGGCGAUUCUGUUCGUCUGUCUGUUCGCUCAGUGCAUUCUGCUGUCUCGACGAAGCAGACAUGCACGGGUGCCCCAGGAAAUGGAAUACCAGCUGGCCAGUGCGCUCUCCAGGCAACUCCAGCAAGUCCAGUGUCACCCGCUGGAUUUCGGGGCCCAUGCUGCCCAGUGUCACCAUGUCCAGCAAGAGUGUCCCAUCUCAGACACCGUCCUGUCUUUUCCGUAUCUGCAGACCUACUUCUGCUCAGAUCCAAGCGUACGCCCGCUCGUCUUCACAGCCCUGCUGCUAUGGCUUUUCUUCCUCUUCUCUACCCUUGGCAUAUCCGCCUCCGACUUCUUCACCCCAAACCUCGCUACCAUCGCCCAGUUCCUUGGCCUCGACGAAAACGUGGCCGGCGUCACCUUCCUCGCAUUUGGCAAUGCCAGUCCCGACGUCUUCUCCACCUUCUCAGCCAUGCGCGCAGACUCAGGCAGCUUGGCGAUAGGUGAGCUUCUCGGCGCUGCCUCCUUCAUCGUCUCCUGCGUCGUCGGGUCCAUGUGCAUCAUUCGUCCGUUCAAGGUUGAUCCGCUCCCGUUCCUGAGAGACGUCGGCUUCUUCACCAUCGCCGUCAUUAUGCUGCUCGUAAUUCUUAGAGACGGUCUCAUUCAAGCUUGGGAAUCGGCUAUGCUGGUCCUGUGGUACAUCUGCUAUGCUUUUGUAGUCGUCGUCGGAAGCUGGAUCGAAAGACGCAUGGAACGUGUACGGCGAAGAGAGGAUGUCGUCGAGCCCAUCACGCAACCCUACACAGACGAAGAGCCGUACAGUGACGAACCACCUCCGCCAGCAACCGUCUCCGCCGAUACCCUCGCAGUCCCUGUCGCAUCUUCUCCAAAACCAACGAUAUCCGGCCAACAUCCACCCAGAAUUGCCAUCCAAACCCAGCUACCAUCACGUCCCAAAUCACGAUCACCCUCGCCAAUUCAUACACCCCCCCACCUCGCCCACAUGCCCUCCUUCUCCCUUGUCGGUGCACUUGAAUUCCGCCAAGUGGUCGAAUCACUGAGGACCCACGCUGCCAGUUCCUCGCUAGACGUGUUCGAUGCCCCUCUCACCCCUUAUGCAGGGGGACACUACCACCAGCACCACCACCGCCCUCGUGGUCACUCAGAAUCGCGUAGCCCGUCUCGCGCCGGACCAGAAAUCAAUCCAUGGGACGCAGAACUCGGCGUUCCCCUCAACGACCGCUCGCCGCGUCUCCUGCGCUCGUCUAUCGCUGAAGACCGUGAUCGAGAAGAAAGCGAAAGACCCAGUGCACUCGAUGAGGGUAUUCAGCUCCUCCCUACGCCUCUCUCAGGCCCAGAGGCAAUACCCUCGAUAUCCCGCACCCCAGCGUCACCGGUUGAUUCUGAUGCGUCGACGGACGUCGAGCGGUACGUCCCACCCACGAAAGGUGAACGCCUAAGGCACGUCCUCGCGAGGACGUGUCAUAUCCUCUUUCCCUCUCUCCACCACUUCUGGUCAAAGUCGUUGCUCAGGAAGAUCGUUGCACUUCUCGCAGCGCCCGCCGUUAUGGCAUUGACGCUCACUCUUCCUGUUGUGGUAAUACCCUACGGUAAUGACGGCACGCACGAAGAGAAGCCAUCACAUCAUCGUCACCCUCAUCACCAUCAUGAUACCGAAACAGAAUCGCGACUCGUUGAGUUUGAGGAAGAAGGCGUUGAGAGGACGUUGAUGGCCGAAGAAGUCAUACAGGAGGAUUUUCACGAGAUGGAGUUUAAUAAGUGGUUGAUGGCCGCUCAAUGCGUGUUCGGUCCGCUGUUUUGCGUAGCCGUCUUGUUCAGUAGAACAGAUCAUCUUUUGUGGUUGCUCGGUGGGACGGCGGUCGGAGGUGUCGCGGCGGGAUUGCUUGUACUGAUCUUUGCCAACGAUGGGUUCCACCCGACUGCGCGUAUGGCGCGGUGUUCGAUGGGGUUCUUCGUCGCGAUCGUCUGGAUCAUGGCCAUUGCCGACGAAGUGGUGAACGUUCUCCAAACAUUUGGAUUCAUAUUUGGGUUGUCGGACGCUAUCAUCGGGCUGACAAUAUUCGCUGUGGGGAAUUCUCUCGCUGACCUCGUUGCUAACAUGAGUGUCGCGGUCUUCGCCCCUAUAAUGGGUUUCUCCGCCUGCUUUGGCGGACCUUUAGUCAACAUCCUUCUCGGAGUCGGAAUCUCUGGAUCUUAUAUCAUUUCUCAAACUCCAAAUGCCCAUCCCUACCGUCUACACUUCACGCCUUCCCUGAUGAGCAGCGCAUUUGGGCUGCUCGGGUUGCUCCUCAUUACCCUGGUGGGUGUACCCCUGAAUGGGUAUCAUUUGACGAGGAAGUGGGGUGUAUUUUUGGUGGUUGCCUAUGUGGUGCUUAUGGUGGUUAAUAUUCUCGUGGAGGUAAAGUACUGAGGGCAAGAUCGCCCGACAGUGGAUUGCACCGGACGUGGAUUUAUAUACACGCAUCUCCAUUGCACAUCCUAUAGCAAUGCCUUCCCUUUCAUAUGUAUACUCUUGUAACAAUACUAUC